AUGCCCUGCACAUCAUUCCUUUGCAGUGUUUUGGUCGCUCCCGUCAAGAAUGAGAACGAGGAGAUCAUCAUGUGCAUCCUCAACUUUGAGGACAUCAGCGAAAACAAGUACGCCAGCACGCCAGAAGAAACCGCCACGCCGGCUGCGGCUGAAAAUAAUAGCGUCGGUUACAAGUGGAGGAGAGGGAGAAACAAGCUCAAAAUAGCAAUGUCUCUUCAGCGAUCUAUGAAUUCCCCUAGUCAAAACCAAGACAACCAUCGGACUUUCCGGCUCAAGCUUCCACAGAUCUACCGCCAGCGGGACAACAACAACCAGCAGUCAGCCCCGCCAGAGGGAGAUGGAGAAAGGAGCAAGUUGAAGGACAGUCAGGAGGGUGCCCUCAACGGGGUCAGCAGCCAGGGGGCGGGGUCAUCGUCGACGGCGACCACGGAACCGGAGAGUUCCAUGCCGCUGCUGAGUCUGAAGGAGGUUCCCUCCAACAACGACUUGCCGACGUCGUCGACCCAGUCAACGAAGUCGGUGCAUUCGGAUUCGUUUUCUGGGGGCGCUGGGGAUCUGCAUAGCACAGAUUCUCUUCACUUGAGAAGAGAAUGCUCAUUACGUGACGCAAACGAACACGAGACGAGCCUAUCCGUGCACAACACCUUCCCCCGACACACCCCACUGGCCAAGACGUGGUCCAAUCAGACGGCUCGGAGCGGAGUCAGCAUCCGACGGGCAUCGUCCCUAGAGACCACAGAGAGCAUCUCGACAAGAAAGAUGCGCAACUCCUACCUAAGUGACCUUGGAAACUUUGCAAAGAACCUACCCUCAGCAGCAUCGGACUCUGAUUUGGCGAGAUAUCGAGUGCUGCGCAAGGAACUAUCAACUCACAGCCUCCGGAGCUUGGAUGAACAUCCCUUAGACAGUGGCCUUCAUGCAGAUGAUCGGAGGGACUCCAGCUCAUCGGCAGUCACCAAGAAGAUUCUGAAACCGGUCCGAGAUGCAACACAGGUCGUUGGCAACAGAGUGACGCAGGUUAGUUGGUAUGGAUGAAUGAAUGCUGGGGCACUGGGCAAGGUUUUGGGUGUGGUGGUUGGUGGAGAUUGGUAGAGUUGGUUCGAGAUGCCACU